AUGGGAGGCAAAGCCUUCAGGACGUGGGUACGGAGUCUCUCUUACUUUUUACUUUGUUUGGCAUUUCUUGUUCAUUCGGCACACUGGCUCGUCUCAUUGCCCGGAAGGCACAAUGUCAGAGGGCCACUGCUGUUUCUACGCCUUUUUACUGUUCAUGACAUUGUUAGACGUUUUUUUUUUUCUCUUCAUGCCAACUUGUACCGGCAUCCACUAGAGUGUUUGGGAUCGGGGUUGGAUACAUUCAGUUUAUGGGAAGGCAGGUUAUCUGCUCCCCGACAUGUGGAUGGUGAUGGGAGUGGUGGUUUUACGGAUAUGAACCCAACGAACCAGGCAGCUGUCGGGACUGGUGCUAGAUUUGUAUGUCGCCCAGUGGCCGCUGGUUAA